UUCGGUUUCACUCGGUGCCUGUCAAGGAGCUGACAGCGAUGAGGACGAGCCGAGAAAGCUCCUCAGACUGUAAGAAGUUCUCCAUAAAGUGCUGCUCUUGUGGUUUGGAUCUUUGGAAUGAUUCAUCCUAAAGCCAGUGAAUGGACAACAACAACUGACAACGCCUUCACUUCACCUUACUCUGCUAUUUCACCUGCGUCCACUCCCACUUUGCUCCGUCUGACCUUUUUUGACCCCUCCUGCUGCCUCACUAGCUGCCUGUCCAGUUUGGGGAAAGCUGUGCCCGGGCCUGGUGCCCUCCCCACCCUCAGUGGUGGCCAACGCUGAGUGUUGGCGUGCGAUGGCGCGGCGGGACGCUGAGGGUUGCUGCUGUGGACUGUGAUGUCAGAGCCCAGCAGCCCCGGCGAGAGCCAGCGCGGCGCUCCCAGAUUCUUCGUGGGCUGCGAGGAGGAUGAGAGCGAGGGCCUGGACGGCUACGGCAGCAUGAGGACUGACAUGGAGCUGUACGAGGACGACCAGGAGGCAGACUCGCCUCCUGAACGUCAGAUUGUGGUGGGGAUCUGCUGUAUGAUGAAGAAGUCCAAGUCCAAACCCAUGACUCAGAUCCUGGAGCGGCUCUGCAAGUUUGAGUACAUCACUGUGGUCAUCUUCCCCGAGGACGUCAUACUGAAUGAGCCGGUGGAGAAAUGGCCCCUCUGUGACUGCCUGAUCUCCUUUCACUCUAAAGGUUUUCCGUUGGAUAAAGCAGUGAGUUACGCGAAGCUCCGUAACCCGCUGCUCAUCAACGAUCUCAAUAUGCAGUAUUACAUACAGGACAGGAGGGAAGUGUAUCGCAUUCUGCAGGAAGAGGGGAUUGACCUGCCGCGCUACGCCGUGCUGAACCGAGACCCAGACAAACCUGAUGAAUGUAACCUGGUGGAGGGAGAGGACCACGUGGAGGUGAACGGCGAGAUCUUCCCCAAGCCCUUCGUAGAAAAGCCUGUGUCUGCAGAAGAUCACAAUGUCUACAUCUACUAUCCGACCUCAGCUGGUGGAGGCAGCCAGCGCCUCUUCCGAAAGAUCGGAAGCCGAAGCAGUGUGUAUUCUCCGGAGAGCAGUGUGAGAAAGACGGGAUCCUACAUAUAUGAAGAGUUCAUGCCUACAGACGGCACAGAUGUGAAGGUUUACACAGUAGGGCCUGAUUAUGCUCAUGCUGAGGCACGCAAAUCUCCUGCUCUGGAUGGCAAGGUUGAACGAGACAGUGAAGGAAAAGAAAUCCGCUAUCCUGUUAUGCUGACCGCCAUGGAAAAACUGGUGGCUCGCAAAGUCUGCCUGGCUUUCAAGCAAACAGUCUGUGGGUUUGAUCUUCUUCGGGCAAACGGACACUCAUACGUGUGUGAUGUGAACGGCUUCAGCUUUGUAAAGAACUCUAUGAAAUAUUAUGAUGACUGUGCCAAGAUACUUGGGAACAUUGUGAUGAGGGAGCUGGCUCCCCAGUUUCAAAUCCCGUGGUCCAUCCCCACGGAGGCAGAGGAUAUACCCAUAGUCCCCACCACAUCUGGCACCAUGAUGGAACUGCGCUGUGUGAUUGCAGUGAUCCGUCAUGGAGACCGCACACCAAAGCAGAAGAUGAAGAUGGAAGUCAGGAAUCCCAUGUUUUUUGAGCUGUUUGAAAAAUAUGGUGGUUACAAGACUGGCAAGCUAAAGCUGAAGAAACCCAAACAACUGCAGGAAGUGCUGGACAUUACCAGGCAGCUGUUGGCAGAUCUGGGGCAGCACAAUGACUGCGAGAUUGAAGAGAAGAAGUCGAAACUGGAGCAGCUCAAGACUGUUCUGGAGAUGUAUGGGCAUUUCUCUGGGAUCAAUAGGAAAGUGCAGUUGACUUAUCUUCCCCAUGGACGACCUAAGACUUCCAGUGAAGAGGAAGACACACGUAAGGAUGGUCCGUCCUUGCUGCUGGUUUUGAAGUGGGGGGGUGAGCUGACCCCUGCAGGCCGUGUGCAGGCGGAGGAACUAGGCAGAGCUUUCCGCUGCAUGUACCCCGGAGGACAAGGAGAUUACGCUGGUUUCCCUGGCUGCGGCCUGCUUCGGCUCCACAGCACCUAUCGCCAUGACCUCAAAAUCUAUGCCUCUGAUGAGGGCAGGGUGCAAAUGACAGCAGCUGCUUUUGCCAAGGGUUUGUUGGCGCUGGAGGGUGAGCUGACACCCAUCCUGGUGCAGAUGGUAAAGAGUGCCAACAUGAACGGCCUGCUGGAUAACGACAUAGAUUCUUUGAGUGGCUGUCAGCACCGCGUCAAGGCCAGGCUUCAUGAGAUCAUGCAGAAAGAUCAGUCUUUCAGUGAGGAAGACUUUGAAAAGCUUGCUCCAACGUGCAGCACCUCUCUGGUGAACUCUAUGAGGGCAGUUGAGAAUCCUGUGAGCACAUGUGAUAAAGUCUACAGUCUCGUCCAGAGCCUCACUUCACAAAUCCGCAAGAGACUGGAAGAUCCCAAAUCUGCAGAUUUGCAGCUAUACCACAGUGAGACUCUAGAGCUGAUGCUGCAGCGCUGGUCCAAACUGGAGAGGGACUUCCGCAUGAAGAGUGGCCGAUACGACAUCAGCAAGAUCCCAGAUAUUUAUGACUGUGUGAAGUAUGACGUGCAGCACAACAGCUCUCUGGGCCUGGAGGACACGCUGGAGCUGUUCACACUGUCCCGAGCUCUGGCUGACAUUGUUAUACCGCAGGAAUAUGGCAUUAACAAGGUAGAGAAAUUGGACAUAGCCUAUGCCUACUGUCUGCCACUGGUCAGAAAGAUCCAGCUGGACCUGCAGAGAACCCACGAGGACGAGUCUGUUAACAAGCUCCAUCCAUUGUAUUCCCGUGGUGUACUGUCCCCUGGCAGGCACGUGCGGACGCGGCUGUACUUCACCAGCGAAAGUCACGUCCACUCCCUGCUCAGCAUCUUCCGUUAUGGAGGCCUGCUGGACGAGGAGAAGGACCAGCAGUGGAAAAGAGCCAUGGACUAUCUGAGUGCAGUCUCUGAACUCAACUACAUGACUCAGAUAGUCAUCAUGCUGUAUGAGGACAACAACAAGGACCCCUCAUCAGAGGAGCGUUUUCACGUGGAACUGCAUUUUAGCCCAGGGGUUAAAGUGUGUGAGGAGGAGAAUGCACCGAUGGGCUUCGGCUUUCGCCCUGCUUCUUCUGAGAAUGACCAGAAGCAGCCCGACCCUGGCAGCUUGGAGAACCUUGUGCGGGACGAGCCGGACCGGGCCUUGCCUCUGUCCGAAUCAGUCAGCACUCAGCGCAGAUCCCCUCUGAUCCGAAACCGCAAGACUGGUUCCAUGGAGGUCCUGUCAGAAAGCGCGUCCUCUAAAGCAGGCAGCCAUCGCCUCUUCCCCUCCUGCUCACGUCAGUCUCCAGAGAUGAAGCAGAGUGGAUUAGGCUCUCAAUGUGCAGGGCUCUUCAGCACCACUGUCCUCGGGGGGUCCUCUAGUGCCCCCAACCUGCAGGACUACGCCCGCACACACCGCAAAAAAUUCUCCUCGGGCAGUCUGACCUAUAAAGACGAGUUGUUGUCUAUGCCGGCAGUAAAGCGAUUUUCUGUGUCGUUUGCAAAGCAUCCGACUAAUGGCUUUGAAGGCUGCUCCAUGGUGCCCUCUAUCUACCCGCUGGAAACACUGCACAACUCCCUUUCGCUUAAACAGGUGGACAAGUUCCUGACGACAGUGUGCGAGAACGCAGAGGAUUUGCACAGCAGGACCACCAGAGCUUUGUCAGCCAUGUUUGACUGUCAGAACCAGCCCUCGGUGGACUCCUACAUCCCCCAGAGAGUGCUUUCCUCCUCCGUUUCUCUGCGCCAGCGCUCCGAUCGCCCCCCUUGGUACAGCAGUGGUCCCUCCAGCACCGUGUCCAGCGCUGGUCCCUCGUCCCCCACCACAGCAGAUACCUCCCCUCGUUUCAGCUUCAGCGAGAAGGCGGCCCUCACCCCCCAGAGCAGUGAGGAGAUCCACCCAGCCUGCCCACCUUCCAGCCAGUCUGCUCCAGUCUCCUCAUUGCCUGCAAGCCCUCCCACUCACCCCAGCUCCCCCAGUGCCCUUCAGUCCCUUGAGGACCCCCAGCUCCCAAGCCCUGAUAGACCCAGCGACCUGGCUGUGGACAGCACAGACAGCCUGGAUGGCCCAGAACAUGAUCCGGCCUUGAAGGCGGACCCCAGCCCCCCUAGCUCUCCUCUGGCUGAUCUGAACCUGCGUAUGGAGCCAUUCUGUGGCCUGCCAGGCUCACUGCCUGUGCUGUUGGAGCUCCGGGAGAGCAGUUCAGAGGCUGGCUCCAGCGCCCAAACACCUCUGACCCCAGAAGAGCCUGAUGAAUUCUUUGACACCCAGGAGUCGGUAGAGGUGUGGAGGAGCAGCCCCAGGAACCUGCCACACCCCGGCACUCCUCUGGAGGUGGGAGCUCCACAUGUAUCUGAGCCCUGAUGAAGACCUGGAGCAUCUCACACAGCGGGUUCCAGUUCCAGUCAUGGAGGACACCAUUCUCUGCACUUUUUUAAUUAUUAUUUUUUCUUUUGCUCAUCUAGGCGUAGCUUUUGCUGGGUUUCCACUGGUAUACACUUUUCAAAAUCCAGGUUUUGCCCCCAUACUUUCAAAGUCAGCUAGAGGAUGUGGGGAAACCACUAAAUAUUGUUGGUCUGCUUUUCCAAGGUUACGCUACUAAUGAGUUCUGUCGAUACACACACCAUUACAGACUGAAAGGUGACUGUGUAUGUCGAUGAAGCACACUUCAUUUAACUAAUUAACAAGUUACUCCUGUGCUGUGGGCAUGUGUUAAACACUAUUGGAGCUGGAUUACUUUUACUAAAUGAGGUUCUGUAAUGUAAUUUGUUGCAAUUUGAUUGAUAGAUUUGUACAGGAUGAAAUAUCUGUGCAAUUUCCCCAAAUUACCACAGAUAGCAUGGAUUGAAAGCCUGAAUGUGCACUUACUUUAGCAUUACACAACAGAUGUCACACUCAACAACAGUAACAGCACUCAUGGCCAUAUCUGUUAGCAGGUUAUCUAUUAGCAGGUCUUUUUAUUCCUUUAUUAAGAGGACGGCUAUUAUUGAGAAAGCUGUGGGUUCAGCCAGUUAAACAUUGCAUUAAACUCCAAUUAUUACUAUCAGACUCUAAAAACUACACACACUGCAUAUUUAUACUGGAUUGAAAUCAUGAUCAUCCUCCCCAUGUGAAACUAAUUCAGCUCCAAUAGGGCUUUAAAGCAGUGAAAACAAAGUACAAAGCAUGGGUUCCUCAGGACUGGGAUUGGGAUCCACUGCCUCACACAAGCAGCUCUCUUGUUUAAAUGUGUGUCCUGCGCAUCUGCAGUGCUGAUCCGUGCUCUUGCUAUAGUGCCUCAGUGACGUCCCAUACAAGAUACAAGAUACUCAUACAAGACCCUAAAUGCAGAUAGCAGGCCGAGUAUAAGUUAAACGGUUAUAGAAAUGGAGGCCUUCUCUGUUUGUGGACUGUUUCUGUGAUUCAGCAUGUCUUACGUUUCAGUGUGAAGUCCUGGUGCUCAAAAAUAAGCAAGUGACAGAUUUUCAGUUUGAGGAUGCAUUACGUCGCUGUCGUAGCAAAACUUUGUAUCUCUGAUAAAACAAAAAGGAAAAAACGUUCUUAACGUGAACGUUUGUUAAUGUACUAAGACUUUAUUCUAGGUCAUUUUGAAUCAUUUCUAUUGGUCAAUUUGUCCUUCACACAAUGUAAAAGGGAGCUGAUGUGCUCCAUUGAUGUAAAAAAAACAACUAGUUUUUGUUAUGACAGCACCUGUUAAUUUAACAUAUACGUGUGCUCUGCCUUUGUGUGUCAGCUCUGUUACUGUUGCUACAAGUGCAAUAGCAAAAUGGCCAGUGAUCAAAGCUGUAAGGUGCACUGAAAAUCCAUGCUGUUCGAUGUUUCUUGGUGAACGUACUGCCCUACCUAUUUCCAACAAAAAAAUCCACCUGUCUCGUUGGCUGGUUCUGGUAUAUUUGAGACGGACUCUUCUGAGACAUUUUUUAAAAAUAUAUUUUCAUAAAGCACAUCAGGUCCUACCCAGCACUCCUUCAUGAAUUCUGUGUUGAUGCCGUUGGCUGCCAUUUUUCAUGCAUUUGGCAGACCACUCUUUCAUAUCAUUCUCUCAUAUAAAGGUGGAUUCCACCAGCUUUUCAAAAAUUCAGCAUAAUUCAGUUGAGAUGUAAAAUGGUUUGAUGUGAAAACUGGUUUAGUUUGAUAGUUCAUUGUAAAGAAACUUACUGACUCAGAUUUCUUCACAGUGGUGCUGACAGGAACCAAGGAUCAUGAUAUUUGAAGCAUAGCUGUUUUAUUUACUACCCAGAAUGCUUCAUGGAUCUACACGUCUUCUGAGUUUUUACAUGUAACGUUGAUAAAGAGAAAAUAUUGAUAAAUCUGAAAAAAUCUGAAAAGGUUUUGGGCCAAAAGCUUCUCAAAAACGACUGCAAAACAAUGACUGUGUUUACAUGCCCUUAAUAAUCUGAUAACUGCAGAAAAUCAGAUUUUGUCAGUAAUCUGAUAAAUGUGUUUACAGGCACUUGAGUAAUCAAACAAUGGUGACAGUCAAACGUGACGAAAUGUAACGUAAAACUCAAACUUCAUGCGGCGGCUCUUAAACAUCAACCCACUUUA